GAGAUCUAGUGCCCAGCAAUCGGCCUGCAGUGCAAACGCUCUAAUGGGACAGAGACCCCCCGGCCUCGAGGAUGGUGUCACUCAGCUCAGCCAGGACAUAAUGCAGGCCCAGUUGUGGGUUCGGGGGAGACUGCGUGAGCUGACGGAGCCCUGUGACGCGGCGGCGCUGCCAGACUGGGAGCAUCGGGCACAGGGGGCACAGGGGGACAUGGCACUGUUUGAGGACACAGUGGUGAAGCUGAACCAGAGGAGCGAGCGUCUGGGCAAGAGCGAACCCCAAAGUGCCCCUUCCCUCAGGCUACAGCUUCAGGCUCUAAGAGACCAAUGGCAGCUGCUCAAGCAAACGGUGACCAAUCAUAACAAAGCAGUGGGAGGAGCCAAGGCCCUGCAGGAGUUCAAUAAAAAGGCAGAUGAGCUGGAGAUGUGGAUGAGAGAGAAGGAAGAGAAACCCUCCCUCAGUCUCCUAUUGGAUCAGAACAACGACAAAAUACAACUGACUCGUCGGAUUCUGGACCUGAAGCAGGAACAGCUCCACUACCGGAACCUACAGGAGAACAUUAACUGCCUGGCCCAGAAGCUGGAGAAACAGGGAAGGAUGGAGAGCAAAGCAACGUCCAAUCGGCGGAAGCAGCUCAACAAGAUGUGGCUCCGGCUGCAGGAGACAUUACUGGAACACCAGCAAACCUUACAGCUGGCCCUGGAGGCUGCCACCUUGUGGCAACAGGCAGAUGGCAUCCUGAGAGCCAUGGAGGGGCAGAAAAGUGGUGUCGGCAACGGGGGAGACUCAAAGGCCAUCAGGGAGCGGGAACUGAGGGACAUCGCAAGCCAGAUCAUGAUUUUGAAUGUUACAGUCUCCCAAGUUUCCAGCCUACACCCGGCCUUGGCAUCCAGAGCCAAUCAGAAGCAGCGCCAGGUGAAGGAGUGUUGGGCACAACUACAGCAAGCACUCAGGGCAGAAAACUCACCCAGAGCCAACGAGGGGGGCACUUUCUCCAGAGAACAAUGCAGCCCCCCACUCUCCCCCCAGCAGCAAGGGAUUCUGGGAGGCUUGUCUGCAGCCCUGCAGAAUGGCACGGCCCACGGCACAGGUGGGAGCAGGAAAAGCAAGUGUGGGGGCCCUGCACCCAAGGGCACCGGCGGGCACCCCCCUGAGGUUAUAAGCAGGGGGAGCAGUUCCCUGGAGCCAAGAGAGGGGUGGGAGCAGAAAGAGAGUCUGAGAGGUGUGCAGAACCCUGAGGGGACACAGCUGGUCACUGAGCUGAAUUCUACUGAGCACUGGCUGCAAAGCCUCGAGGGUCUUCUCUCCGAGCCGGCGGUCUUGCAGAACCCCGAGGCCGUACGGCAGGACCUGAGGAAGGUGUCCGUCAUGGAGCGAGAGGUGAAGUCCAGGGCCCUCGCCUUGCACUCUCUCUUGGCCAAACUGGCAAUCGGACCGGCCGGGCAGAGUGUCAGCGAGGGGACGAAGGAGAAGGUACAGGAGGUGGAAGAAAGGUUCCAGAUGGUCCGUGAGUCUCUCCGGCGCCGGGUCUCGGAUCUGAGGGACACCUUGGUGCUGUCAGAAUUCAUGGAGAUUGUGCAGAAGGAGGAGAACCGGAGGAAGAAACAGAAGCUGGAGGCCAGUGGUUCCCCUGCCCGUGGGCCGGAGGGCACUACCCAGGAGGGGACAGGGGGCAGGUUCAGUCCCUUAGAGGAGCUGCAGGAAGCGGUGGAGAUGCUGAAUGAGGCCGCGAGGGAGCGAGAGAAGAGUUUGGCUCUCACUGAGCAAAUGGAGAAACUGGGGGAACUGCUGUCGGCAGUGAGAGCGCAAGUCGGAGAGGCGCAGAAGAGACUGAGUGAGUUGAAGGAAGAGACAGACGAGAGGGAGAGAGGGUUCGCGCUGGGGAAGAGUCGGGCAGAACUAAAGGAUUUGCAGGGAAUUUUCAUUCAGCAGCAGCAGCUCGAGGCUGACAUUUCUGGGGUGCUGCGGCUGGAGGUGACGAGACUAGAGGAGCAGUUGGCGCGGGUGCAGGAGCUGUGCCCAGAGAAGACCCAGAUGAUGGGCAGGAAUGUGGGGGAGACGCUCGGGGCCUGGGUGCAGCUACAGGAUGGGGUUCGGGGGAACAGUUCCAGGAUGCAGAGAGCUUCCCAGCUCCUACGGUUUUUCCAGAGUUACCUGGACAUGAUAUCCUGGACAGAGGAGACCAGAUCUCAGAUCUUUCUGGAAAGCCCCAAAGAGGGCGUGUCCCUGAUGUGGAGGGAGGAGCUGGAGAGAAGAAUUGAGGAGAAGCUGAAGGAGUUCGAGGAAUUAGCCGGGAUUGGUUGGAAGUUCAUUGGGGAGGAGCAUUUCCUUGCGCACACGAUCAAGGAGCGCCUGGAGGAGCUGCAGGGGAUGCUGAGUUGGGUGCUGAUGAGGUGGCGCUGCCAGAAGAAGCAGAAGCCCCCGGGAGACAAGGAGGCCGAGUGGCCGAGGGGCAAUAACGCUCAGGGCCCCAGUCCGGUUGUGCAGGAGGAACCAUCAAACCCCCCGGCCAGUAUCCCCCCAGAGGCAUUUGAGAAGCUGCACAGUAAGGGCCCCACCCCUGUGCCCCCCAAGGGGCCGACGCUGCGCAGAUACGGGAGGAAGACUCACAGCCCCAUGUCUCUGGAGCAGCACCUCCGCCUGCUCUCUGGCGCCCCCCAAAGCCACAGCCCACUGGGGGCAGAACUGCUAGAAGAAACCUCAAGAUCCAAAUGUUCUGAGGGACCCGUGUGGCUGGAACCGCGAGAGUUUCCAUCUGUGGCUGGGGGCCCCGGGGAGGAGCAUGAAGAGCGCCACGGGCAGCCUCUCCCCAGACCUUCCGGCUCCUUUUGGAAGCGGUGCCAGGGGCUAUUAGAAAGCACAUUUGGUAGUUUAAAGAGAAAGAAAAGGGUGUCGCUCCCCUGUGUGGAAGAGGUCGGCAGGCCCCUGUAUGGGACGGACGGUGAGCCACCAGGGCCAACUCCAUGCCAAAGUCUGACCGUGCCACGACCGGCUAAGAAAUCUCGAGCCUGUGACCAGUAUUCCGUGCCCUGCAAGCCUCGGGCCGGGGGGCCCAACGUGCCCAAAAUCAGGGCCAACAGCCUCUUCAGCAGUUUGAAGAGAAGGAAUAAAGGCCAGAGGCGCACAGUCCAGGGGAUCAUGGGAAUGGGUUCUGGGCCAGUCCGGCCAUUCCCAGAAGAUGCCAAGAGAAGCCAAAGCCACACUUGGCCACCGAAGCAACAGAGAAAAGUCCCAGAAGCAGCAGAAAGUCCACAUUAUGUGCAGAACCCACUGGCUAAAGAUAUCGAUGCCGAAUGUUUGGGUUUUGGCCCAAGGGUGAUGAAAGCCGAGACCUCCAGGCAGAAGGCAGAUUUGGGAAGGUCCAUCUUGCCCCCCAGUCGCGGCUCCCUGGGUUCCACACCGAGCAUUGAGUUGGCCAAGGAGAUUCCAGCAAUGGCUGAAGCCCAAGUGCAGGGAGCCAAUCAGGGAAAAGCAGAACUGCCCCAGGGGAGACAUUCCCAGGGCAUUAGUGCUUGGAUGGAGGAGCUAAAUAACUGCCCCGGCUACUGUAGGAAGAACCUUCAUGGUUAUGGAAAAGGCCCCGGCAAUGAGUUGAAGGCUCUGGAAAGUGCAAGUGAGGACUUUCUCAGCUUUGAGAUUGACAGACUCUCGCCCAUCGGGGCCCUCCAUGAACAGCUGGGGCCACAGUGGGACACAGUGAGAGCUGCCCUAGAUGCCCCGCUGGAUCAGGGUAGCGCCAAAGCCAAGGAGGACAGUAAUGGAUCUGGUGGUUCCCUGAGACGUGAAGGUCGGGGCUUUAGCCACGUUCCCUUGGCUCCUCAUGGAGAUGAUUGUUCAUUCAGGGUGAUGCCAAUGGGCAGUACCAACGCUCCGUGCCAUUUUGGGCAUCUUGAUACGGAUCAGCCCCUUCGUCUGGAAGAACUUUCUGCCUCUCCGGGUUCCAACACCGCAAUAAGGGAACCCCUGAAACUGAGAUCAGGUUCUGCCCCAGAGGUUCUACACCCGGACCAUGAGCUUCUGGAACACGAUGACGAGGAGCUGGAGGGCAUCUGGAAUAACGCUGCCAGCUGUGGGCCCCCAAACACCUCCCAUAAUAUGGGGAAAGUGGGCAGUUGGCCAAAGGCCCCAGAGCCCGAGAGUGAGAAGGUGCCGAGUGGUCAAGUAGUGAUGGUGGCCAAAAAGAACAUGUUGGUGGCCACUUUCACUCUGCCCAGUUCUGCCCUGGCAGCAGACUCAGCAAAGGAGAGUAACAUCUGGGCACCCGCGGGGGGGAACCAAGCACCCCGAGACCCCACUGGUACCAGACUGGGUUCUUGCCCAACGGUGGGUCCGUGGGAUCCGGCCCCUCUCGGCAAAAAGGAGAGAGAGGAGACGAAGGGAGAGAGAAGCACAAAGCUCCCACGCAAACUCGACUUCCAGCUGAUGGAGGGCCCCCUGGAGAGGAAACACAUCCUGCAGCAGGGGGGCAAGAAGGCCUCGUGCCGCACAUGGAGUCUGCACUAUGCGGUGCUGGUGAGACGGACACUCUGCUUUUACAGUGAUAAGAAGCUUUCCAGCAAGAGCUCUGUGUCUGCUCCUCCCCUGCACCUCACCGGAGCCACGUGCUUCCCGGACUCGACCUACAGCAAGCGCUCUAACUGCUUCCGACUGCAAUUACCCGAUGGGUCAGAGUUCCUGCUUCAGGCCCCUUCGGCCUCUCUCCUCCAUGAAUGGGUCUCAAAGCUGGGACAGAAUGCAGGCCUUAAAGACACAGAUCUGCUUAGAGACCAAGUUUUGGGCACAGAGCUCUCUCCUCACCAUACGUCCAGAGUCGGAGCCCUGAGUCCCAGGGGGGUAAAUCUGUCCCAGAGGCUCCAGGGAAAUAGGGACCAGAAGGAGCUGCCGGAUACUGACCCAGGUGAGUCCCAGUAUUCCCAGUACCCAGAGGCACAAACAGCCCCCCCAGCCCAAUAA